AUACUCUAUGCACCGGUUUUUUGACAAGACGCUUGUGAGAAGUAAAUGUUGCAAAAUAAAGCAGAAAUAAAACUAAAAUCCUUGCUACUGUAAUACAUUUAUGUUAAAGAGUAAUAACAUGUUCUAAAAUGAAGCUUAAAAAGUUAAAAGUUGACAAUGACGUCCCUGUACAACCGGAGCCCGUUGUGCCGCCGCAAGCGGAAAUAAUAGAAGCAGAUUUAUACAAGAGAUCAUACUUCGGUCCCGAUGUCCCCACACUGGAAUUGGAAUGUUGGGAAGAGGAAUUGUCGGAAGCCCAACUUCAGGCUUAUAAGACUGCUGACGAAGAAUAUAAAAGUAUUCAAAACAAACUUGACGAAAUAGUAAAGGACACUGGUGGUGAAAUUGUGUACAAUGGUGAUCAAUUCACUGCUUACCAACUUUUAGGAAAACAACCUGUACUGAAGGAUUUGGAACGACAAAGUGCUGAGAUAAUUAGAUCCAGAUCUCGUUCCCUUUCUAUUAGCAGGGAUGCUCUGCCAAAAAGUGGAAAAAGAGGACGUCCCCGUAAAAAUAAAGAAGAGGAUCGUGAUUAUUCACCAUCAUCUGAUAGAACUAAGUCUCCAGAACUUAAACAUAAGAAGAAAAAGAAGGAUAAAGACCGAAACAAAGACAGGGAUAGAGAAAAAGAUAAGGAUGGCACUAAAACUAAGGACAAGACACUUGCACCUUCCAAUGUCCAUAGUGUGGUUACGAAUGUCAGGCCAUCAGAAGCAACAGCCAUUGGUGGUUUGCUAACAGGCAGUGCUACAAAAACAACCGCUAUUGUAGAUCUAACUAAAGAAGAUAGUAAUAAGAAUGUUGCGGACUCACGUGAAGUGUCCUUUAAUAAACUACAAGGCAAAACAUUCCCAUCUCUGGUGGUGGUUGCACGACCAUACCUCCGCGCUAAGGAGAUGCCUGCAGCACCAUCUGACCGCGCACUCCUGGAUAGUAAGGUGAAGUCGGUGCUCAUCCACACACCCAUGAAGUUCACCGAGUGGCUCAUACAGCAAGGUUUGGUGCGCUGCGAGCAGUGGUGCGCGGUACAUGCCGGCAACAAGCUCAAACUUGGUAUGUACUCGGAUGUGACUAAAUUCCCGUAUUCCGGUGGCUAUGUCUGGAUAUCUGAAUGUUGUCCAACUAGAUUUGUCUCUGUAUUCUCAAGUUCCAUAUUCGAAGGCGCCACAUUCCCACCCAGUGUAUUAUUGAAACUGAUUUAUCACUGGGCGUGUCAGACUAACGUACAAAACGUCGUGCAAUGGGUGAAAGUGGACAAUUUAUAUGUGAAAGGAUUGUUCACGUGGUUACGAGCCGUUUGUACAGUAGCUAUACAUCAACAUAUGGGAUUGUUGGGUGGAGGGGGGAAGAAAGUUGAAGUAGGUGUCAUAUCGCUGGGAACAACGAGCCAUGAUGGCACUCAGAGACAGGUCAAAGUUGAAGUUUUGGGUGUAUUAGAUCCUGUUGAAAAAUUAAUUCGUCUCCGUGCAGUUGAGCCAUUAGCAGAAUACGAGAAGAACUACAAGAAACGUUUCCAGAAGAUUCUAGAACCAUUGACUAAUUGGGUGCAUCCCAGUUCAGUUAUAUUAACAGACUUGACUGUUGACAAGGGAACUUUAGUUUCUAUGGGCUUCAAACAUGUUGUGCAAUCAUCCACACAUUCGGACCAGCCAGCGAGAAACAGCAACGCUAAUAUAAUGGAGUAUUUAAGACGUAUUGUACCAAGAAUGUUCCAGAACACAUUAUCACUGCUUUCCAGGCAAAUUAUACAACAGUUCUUGGAUGAACUUGUAUGGAGAGAGAGGUUUGGAGUAUCUCCGGGGCAAGCAUUUGACAACAUAGUGAUGCACAUAUCGGAACAAACCAAGUUGGAAGCGAGGGAGCCAAUCACAGUGCGCCUGAACAGGAUCGCAGCUAAUCCAUUCAAAAACUGGAAAUUCGGAAAGAAAAAAGACCAGGAGCCCGAACCGGAAACGGGAAGAGGUAAACGCGGGAGGAAAAAGAAAGAGCUCUCACCACCUCCCCCACCAUCAAAGAAGAAAAAGAAGGAGAAGACCACAUAUGUAGAGGAUGAUGAUGAUGAAGAGGUUCCGCUUGCUCUCCGGCGUACAAAGAUCAAACAGGAGAAGAACAAAGAGAAAGAGAAGGACAGCGAUACAGCAGAGAAGCCUCGGUCGCGGCGUAAGACUGCCCGCUCAUAUGUAGAUGAUGAACUGGACGAUGUACCACUAAAGAGCAUCAAGAAGGAGAUCAAACAAGAAGAGACUGUGUCUCUAGAACGAUAUUACUUCGGACAGACGGGAAGCAAUGAAGAUAUUCCAGAAGUUUCUAUCGCUGUUGAGUGUCCGUUAUGUCACGUGGAGUUGAACGACGCGCUGUCGCUGACGCGGCACUUGUUCCUGCACGUGUCUCCGGGCGAGGGCGCGCUCUGCCACUACUGCCUGGCGCGCUUCCCGGACGAACAGGACCUCACGGUGCACCUCAAACACAACCACCCCGUUGACACCAAGUCUCCUGAACUCUACACUUACGCUUGUCUUAUUUGUGAGGUGCGAUUCGCGGCGGUGCUGACGCUGGCGGCGCACAUGCAGAAGGCGCACGCGCCGCGCGAGCUGCCGUACGCGUGCGCGGCCUGCCCCUACCGCGCCAGCGCGCACCGCGCCGCGCUCGACCACUUCGCCGCCAGGCACGCGCGCCACGCGCAGCUGCACUGCCCGCACUGCCUCAAGAUGAUCACAGUGUACGCGGACGGUUACGAGCUGACCGCCAACGUGCUGUUGUUCAUCGACCAUCUCAAGCAGCACCAAAAUAAGGACCUUGAGAUCAGCUGCAACAGAUGUGUGCUCAAAUUCGUGCAUCUCGGUCAACUGAAGGAACACCAAGUGAGGGAUCACGUAUCAGUGGAGGAUGCAAUGCCGCUUUGUUCUGAAGAGCAUUUGAUCAAUAAACCGAAGAACAAGGCGCGGCCGCCAGUGAAGGACUCCGCCAGCCACGCCAUCAGCGACACGUACGAGCAGCUGACACUGGUGCUGCCCGCUGGCUUGCUGUGCCGCGAGUGCGACACGCCGCUGGACAGCGACAAGCACUUCCUGGGUUAUACGAAGUGCAGCAAAUGUCCGUACGCGACGUCGUGCUACCGCGCCAUGCUGAACCACAGCGGCUGCUGCGCCGGCCCGCACUCGCUGGAGGACGCGCCGCGCGCCGCGCCCCGCCCCGCGCACUGCCUCUGCGGGUACCGCACGCACGUCGGUACGGACAUGUUGACGCACUUGCUGAUGUGCGAGCGCAAGACUGCGUACAGCUCGGAGGAGGAGGCGCGCGCUCACCUCGUCAAUGCGGACGAGCACGCGAACAAGCUCGCCGUACUGCCCGCACACACCGCACACACCUCGCCUCUUGAUACUCCGCUGGAGAGUCUAUCAUCGCUGUCAGAGUACGCGCCGCCGUCAGUGAUCAACACGCAGCUCUCGCUGGACGACCUCGCGCCGCCCUCCGUGCUGCAGCCAGACCAGCACGAGGCGGAGCGCCUGUCGGAGGCUUACGACCGGCCGCUGGCGACGCCGCGCCGCGAGGAGCACUACUCGCUGGGGGACUUCGAGCCCCUGCCGCAGGAGCCCCCGCCGCAGCCGGACUUUGAACAACUAUAAUACUUAUAUUUGCAUAUGCAAUAAAACAUUUUCAUAUAUCAUAUAUUUUAAUUUUACACAGUUUAUUUUAUUUUACAAUCUGUCAAAUCGUCAUUUUUCCAUUGUAAUAUUUUUGGGAAUAAAAAUAUUAAAGCCAAGAUUUAGUUUAUAGGCGUAGAUUAACUAUAUUACUUUUUAGAUUGUAGUAGUUAUUGGAUAUCAAG